ACAACCAACAAUGGCUGAAGCAAUGGUUUCGGUCCUCCUAGAACAGUUGGCUUCCAUCACCCGGAAACAGAUAGAAGAAGAGGUAAGCCUGGUGGUGAAUGUUGACCAGGAAGUUGAAAAUCUCAUCUUCCAUCUCAAUGCUGUUAAAGCUGUGCUCCAGGAUGCAGAGGAGAGGCAGGUGCACGAGGCCAACGUCAGAAAUUGGCUGCAUAAUCUGGAAGAUGUGUCCUACGGCAUAAACGACGUCUUGGAUGAGUGGAACACUGAAAUUCUCAAGCACCAAUUUGAGAAACAAGAAAAAGAAGCUUUUACGAAAAGGAAGUUCCUAUUUUAAUUUGCCAAUAUUGUAGAAGAUUACGUACUCUGAUAGCUACUAAUUCAGGACUCUCUACAAUAAGCUCCGAUUCAAUUUUACAAUUGAAGUGUCUUAGGACAUUAGAUUUGAGCAACAACUCCAUCGAAAAGCUUCCUGAAGAGAUGGGUGUACUAAUACAUUUGCGGUAUCUCAACUUAUCACGCAAUGUUGAUUUGAAAGAAUUACCCGACACAUUGGGUAAUUUGUGCAAUCUGCAAACAUUGCGACUCGCUUUCUGCACGAAACUUGAAGUUGGGGGAUUUGAGAAACUUGGACCAGCUUCAAGGUACUCUUUGGAUAACUAAUUUGAAGUUGGUGAAAGAUGCGAGUGAGGCUAAAAUGGUGCGAUUAGCGAAUAAGAAAAACCUUGUUCAUUUGGAUAUGCAUUUUGGACCCAGUGACCGUGAAGAAAGUGAGCAGAGAGAAAUGGAUGAAGAAAUAUUGAAUGCCUUUGAACCACAUCCAAAUUUGGAGAGGUUACUUGUCUUUGGUUACCAGGGUAACACCCUGUUUCUCAAAUGGAUGUUGUCAUUGCAUAACUUGAGAUGGCUUGAAGUUGUAAGGCUUCCAUUCUGUAAGUUUCUGGCUCCUCUUGGGAAGUUGCCGUGCCUUGAAUAUUUUAAAAUAGAUGGAAUGAAGAGUUUGAAAAAGGUGGGAGUGGAGUUUCUGGGUUUAAAUGAAACACGCAGCAAACAAAAACAAUAAUAUCAUUCGCAAAAUUGAAAACACUCGUAUUCAAAGGCAUGGGGGAGUGGGAAGAGUGGGAAGGAGUGGAAGGGUGGAAGGAAGAUGAUGAUUCUGAAAUCACGAUAAUGCCAUCUCUUUCGCACUUGUGGAUCAUGCGCUGUCCUCAGCUGGAAACAUACCAGACGUCCUGUGGAAGACACCACUGCACAACUUGACCGUCUCUAGUUGUUCGCUUCUCCAAGGUUGGGAAGAAGGAAGACGCAGGGAGUCGGACCAGGUGUCUCACAUCCCAAACAUUAAAAUUGAUGAUCAGUUUGUACGAAAAGACGGAGUUUGGAUGGAUCAGCCAGACACAACAGAGAAUCCAUGAUGAUCAAGAUGACUAUGGCUUCUGCCUAUCGCAUCCAACUCUUCAGGUAAAUUCGUAAUUGACUAACUGUACACCUUUCUUAGAAUUUAAUGUGUUCAAUUCUCUAGCAAUCUAAGAGGACUUUCCUGGAAAAGCAAUGUCAAGUGGCACCCCAUAAUCUUCUAUAUAUGAGAAAAAGGUAAGGUUUCCUGCUGUGUUAAUUUUCCAAAUUUGAUUUCUAGUUAUAGAUUCAUUCCAUAUUCAAUUGAUCAUAUUCUACUGCAAUCCAUUUGAACACCUAUUGACUUGAGCAUCGGAGUGUCUUCUUGCAGGUACCUCUUCCUCACUCUUCAUCAUUAAGCAAAUAUGUUGUCCUCCUCCUCGGUCCUCACAAGGAUCACCUUUACUUUGUGGAUCUUUCGGGCUUUCAUGUUACUCUCAGUAGGUUUUUUUUUUUUGAAUCUCAAGAUUCCAAAAGUUUUCCUGCCUUUUUCGUGUUUCUUACAAGUAAUCGUAUCCAAUUUAUGCUCGAUAUUGUUGUUAACUUUUUAAGUGUCUGAAUAUGGAAGAGUAUUCAUGUGAAGGAACAUGAAUUCAUUAAAUUGUUUCAGGUCUUCACACUCACCCUGAAUUUUGCAUUGACUUGGCCCUUAACCGACUACAUGUUUGUGGAGGCUGUAAUUAAACUACAUGUUGUUGUUAUUACUUCAUGGACCUGUGGAAUUUUUUUCUGCAGCCGCGGCAGGCUCGCAAACUGGUUUAGGAUUGUUGCUGCCCAGUUAAGAGGUGCAUGCGGAGUUUCAUUAGCUAAGUCUGCAAAAGUAAAGAAGUCGGUUUGCUUAAUCAAUGUUGUUCAAGUGCUUACUCGGAUUUAGAAAAGUACGGCGAGGAGGGAACAUUCUGCAGAAAAUCCAAAUCAGUGGAUGCAGCAGCGCUCCAACAAUAUUUUCCUGAGAGCAAAACUGCUCCUGCUGCAAAUGGUACACCAAGCACAGCUAGCGAAGGGUUCAAUACAAGUCUAUACAAUUCUUUUGUAAAGGUGA